CCGCUGUUUGAUGACGUGACUUAUUUCAGAUACGAACAGCGCCUGAAAAUGCUUUUUUACUCGUUCUUCAAGUCCUUGGUGGGCAAAGACGUGGUGGUGGAGUUGAAGAAUGACCUGAGCAUAUGUGGUACCCUACACUCAGUAGAUCAGUAUCUGAACAUCAAACUAACAGACAUCAGUGUCACUGACCCUGAGAAGUAUCCCCACAUGCUGUCAGUGAAAAACUGCUUCAUCCGUGGUUCGGUGGUGCGAUACGUUCAGCUCCCGGCAGAUGAGGUAGACACCCAGCUACUGCAGGAUGCAGCGCGGAAGGAGGCAAUGCAGCAGAAACAGUGAUUCGUCUUGUUUUAUGUUGGGCUUUCAUGGACUUGUCUAUAAAAAAAAAAAAAAAAAAAAAAGUAAUAUCAGUUUACCUUUCUGUUGUAGACUUGAACUUUAUGUAGUAUUUGUGACCACAUGUAUGGAAUUUGUUUUGAAUAUGUUUGAAUGUGAGCAGCAUAUGGUUAAACCAGACAAGGAAGUUUAACACUUAAGGGUUUUUCACUGUUCUCAUUUCUUUUGCCAUGGGGUUACUUCAGUUUCUUGUUCAGAUAUUUUGUAAUACUGGGCCCUGGGUUACCAUGGCCUAUCUGAUGAUGUUUAUAUGUUUAAAUUCUCACAGCAUCAUCGAAGCCUAUGUAUUUUACCUUUACAAAUAAUUUUCUUUUAAUCAGAGAAACAGUGUAAACCCAGACUAAAAGUGUCACUUGUAUUUUGUUGAAAAAAAAAUCUUUAACUGA